AUUACAUCUCAAUAAUAUAAUCAAUGUUAAUGUUGGCAUAAAUUUUCAAAUUUGAUGUUUUUUAUGAUAAAAGAUAAUUUUUAAAAAUAUACAGUAAUUUUGAUGGGAAAACAAAAUAGUAAAUUAAAGCCCGAAGUGUUGGCUGAUCUCAAAUCAAGCACUGAGUUUACCGACGCAGAGAUACAGGAGUGGUAUAAAGGUUUUCUAAAGGAUUGUCCCAAUGGUCACCUGUCUAUCGAUGAGUUUAAAAAAAUUUAUGGCAACUUCUUUCCUUACGGCGACGCUUCACGUUUUGCUGAACAUGUAUUUCGGACUUUUGAUGCCAACGGUGACGGAACCAUAGAUUUUAGAGAAUUUUUAUGCGCUCUUUCUGUUACAUCGAGAGGAAAGUUAGAGCAGAAGCUCAAGUGGGCAUUCAGUAUGUAUGACUUGGAUGGCAAUGGUUUCAUCAGUAGACAAGAAAUGCUGGAAAUUGUGACGGCGAUUUAUAAGAUGGUUGGUUCAGUGAUGAAGAUGCCUGAAGACGAGUCGACACCAGAGAAGCGAACGGACAAAAUAUUUAGACAAAUGGACAAAAACUCUGACGGAAAGCUAUCUCUUGAAGAGUUCAUCGAAGGCGCCAAAAGUGAUCCAUCGAUUGUACGAUUACUUCAAUGCGAUUCUCAGACAUGAUAUCAAACAUUAAUUGCAUUUCUUUGUAGUUAAUAAUAUGUGAAACAAAUAUUGAUAUUUAAAAGUUGGUCUUUUAUUAUAUAUCUAUUGAUUUUAGCAAAACAAAAGUUAUACAGUAUUUUGGUUGAGACAACAAUUUAAGGAAUUUAUAAUGAAAUGACUUAUAUAGGAUAUACCCAAAAACAUCACUGAGUGCUUAUAUACCACAUACAUAUUUGACAGAAAUUUGAGAUCUAAGUCGAAAAAAUUAUAGAUAUAAUUAUCAAUUUUAUACAUGAUAUCUAUGCAACUGUUAAAACUAAUAACUUUUCUAUAAUUUAAAAAAACUUGAUUUUGUCUAAUCGUUUUCGAGAUUUUCUAAAGUGACCUUUGAUUAUAUAAAUAAUUUCUAUAUAUUUUGUAAU